GGUCCGUCCAGAAAAUCAGUUCGGCUCUUGGUCCGUUUCUAAAACCAUCCGUAGUGAAACAAAUAGGUGUUUUUCGGUUGCAAUAGUUUGACUGCAGGGAAAGGAGAUUGGCUAAUUGUAAACGUGGGGUAUGGAUAAAGUUUGAAAAUCAAGAUUACCUGAUAAAUACUUGAUAACGAGUUUUACUCAUCGGCGUUAUAUCAGCCUGGCAUUGUGUAAGCAGAAGAAAAGUGACUGAUGCCGUGCCGACUGUAGCGACAAAUUAAUGUUAACAGGUUCGACGAGGUGGAAACUUGGCUCAAGCUAACUAGAACAACCUGUACUGGUGUGGUUUAACAGCAUGGACCCAUUUGUAAAAUUCACAAGUCAGAGUCAGGGAAGGGACCGCAUAUUCAGGGCAGCUCAGUAUGCUUGUUCACUCGCUGUUUAUUUACUUCGAAACAACUCUGACAGAAAGGACCUUGUGGCAAAACUUAAAAGUCUGGAAACCAGCUUGAGCGCUGGACGAAAAUUGCUCAGGCUGGGAAAUGCAGCAAAUUCCAUUGAGGCUGCUAAGCGAACCGUGCAGCUCUCGGACCGAGUGCUGCGCCUGUGCCUUACUGUGGCCAACGUGAGCCGCACCCUCUACUUUAUCUGUGACAAUGUACUUUGGGCCAAAAGUGUCGGUCUUAUCCGCAAUAUCGACAAGGAACGCUGGAGUUUAAACUCCUUCCGCUUCUACUUCUUCUCAUUAGUUAUGCAUCUCAGCAGAGAUGUUUAUGCGGUUCUCCAGGUGAUGACAAAGAGGUCAAGAGAUAAAAACUUUAAAGAGAGAAUGGAUCAGCAUCUCACUGAGAAUCCUGAAGUAGCUGAAGUUGUCGUCCCUCACCUGGAUGGCUUUCUCUUUCUGCUUUUGGAAACCCUGAAAUCACACCCGGACCUUGCCUUGGACUCUGUGAAAAACAUCUGUGAUCUCUUCAUUCCCUUAGAUAAGCUUGGUUUAUACCAGUCAAAUGGGGGAGUGAUCGGAUUCUGUGGUCUGAUAUCAUCGCUGAUUGGGAUUGUCACCCUCACACAGCCCAGGCUAAGGAUUGCACCGUGAUGACACGGGCAAAGUUAAAUAUUACAAAGCGAUUACAGAUCAAAGAGUUAAUCACGUCAGGUGCGUUCAAGAGGUCGCUGGAACUGUAAUGGUGGACAGAGGUUAAAAACAAAACCAGCACAUUUUACAAUCCCUGAGUCAGUAAUAACUAAUGGACUUGCACUUUUUUAGAAUUACUGGAUUUCUCUGUUUUGCACAAUAUCUGGAAUUAAUUUUGAAAGGGAGCAAAUCGAGUCGAUAUAGAAACUUUGUCUAUUUGUUGUACUUUAGAACAUCCAAUGACAGGUACUUUUGUAUUCCAGUCUUGCACAACACCAGCUGUUUUACACUAUAGUAGAAAAUAAGGGCUACUUAGUGGUUAUGAAAAAGAAAAAAACUUACUCUGUCACUUCUAAGUUCACUGUUUUUCUUUUUCUAAACUCUGCUUUGUACUUAAAAUGAGGCAAAACUUGCAGCACCAGUUUCAGAGAUUUUCUUCGGUUUUUUUCUUCUGGCGUUGGCUGAACGUGAGUAAUUUAUAGGAUGUAUGUUACGAAUAGAAGGUGGGUAUGUUUGAAAAAUGAAUAAAACUAUGCAACAAUGUUUGUAUUAUA